AUGGUUACACUUACAACAACAACAAAAGUACCGCAAUCAAUAGAAGAACCAUCCCAGUCCUAUAAUGAUGAACAACAUUCAACUUCUGUUCUUGCAGAUCAUCAUCAUCAAACUAUUGACGAGUCAAAACCACUUGUAUUUAAUGAUGAUGAAAAUUUAAGUAUCAACAGUAAAGAACAAGAAUAUUAUAAUAAUUAUUAUCGACAUCAUCCUAAUCAGGCAACAUGGCCUCAAGUUGUUGAAAAACGAUAUGCAAAACAAUUAGCUCGUGCUCGUAGUUCGGGCAUUAGUGGCAGUGAUAGUCGUCUUUGGGCUAUACCAUAUCGAUUUGGAAAACGAGCUGCUGCUGCUGCUAUGCCCUAUCGAUUUGGUAAACGUGCAGCUGCUAUGCAUUUUCGACUUGGAAAGAAAAAUGCCGCCUUGUAG